AUGGACUCGAUCCCACCUCCUGAGUAUGGCAACGAAGCCGCAUAUGGAAUCUCCUUACAAACCGAUGAGCUUAUCAUGGGCGUCGCCCCUUUGCUGUAUCCCGAUUUCUGCUCAGAGAUACAAGCCCUCAUGCAAAAAAAGAAGAAAUAUCUAUCGAAAAUAAUGCCUUUAUCAGCGACAAGACAGGCUAUGGCGCGACUCUUCUGCCCUUGCACCGAAGACUGGCCCCCUCACCAAUUAAUACGCAUUUUGGGUCUGAUAUCACUCCCAGCCGCCAUUGUCGGUGAUGUUAUUAAGCCGCCAUAUUACCUUUUCCAGAUUAUUUUGGUCUCAUUACAGGGUAGACAGGUACGGCAGGAGGUGGAGAACGAAAUCUUCUACGAAAUUAUCGAGAGUCUUGACAUAAGUCUGAAAGCAGUCUUUGAGAUAAUCGUAAGACUCGGUAUCGAAACGCCUAAGACUUGGAACCAAAACAUCCAGGAUGGCGGCCUAAUUCUGUUCCUGACACUUGCGCGGCUUCUUGAGGCAUUCGGAUCCCGUUUUGCACCCACUGGCACUAUUUAUCUCGCAUCGCAGAAGAGGCUGUGCAAGGAACAUUGCUCAGGGAUUGCGCGUCUCCAUUUCAACCAAAUUCACAAGCUGAAAGAUGAUCUGAUAUUUGUUAGGUUUCUACCGCCAGAGACUCUUCCUAGCGCUUCUGCCGUAGUCGAAGAGUGGCUCCCAAUAGUGUUGGGGGAGUUACAAGGGUGGGGAGUGAACGGGAAUAGAUAUCCUCUCUUCUGUCAUGUUUUACAGAGAUUACGUAGCGUUGGAGAUGAAUUGCCCGAGUUGCUUCUACCGGCGGAAAAAGAUGAAUCAUGGGGUUUACAGGCGGAAGCGGAAUCUGCAUAA